GCGCCAGUCUAGAUUGUACAAAAUAAGGAAGUAAAAUCCGGUGCAGACAUAUUGGAAGUGUUACAGCUAAGUAAUGGCUUCUGGAGGGGGGCAGAUUCCAGUUUUCUGUAAACUUUGUGAGGAGGACACCAAAAGUAAUUGGAAGUGCUUAAACUGUGACAUGUUCAUGUGUGACAAGUGUAAAGAGAAAAUUCAUGUGAAAUUCAAAUUUGCCAAGGAUCAUAAAGUUGUUUCUAUACAGGAGGUUGGGCUUCAUGCAGAAGAAAUAGAUUUUUCAAAUUUAAGUUGCAAAACCCACACAAGACAAUCAUGUGUGAUGUUUUGCAAAUCGUGUGACUGUUUAGUAUGUCCCCUAUGCAUCUCUGAAACCCAUAAUGGACAUGGUUUGGUAUCCAUUAGAGAGGGAUAUGAAAUCAGAAUGGAUAAAUUGAAGAAAAGCCAAAAGAAUAUUGGCCAUAAUAUAGAUGAGCUGAAGAAAAGAAAAGCAGAAGUUGAUGGUGUUGAAAACACUGAACAUUCAAAAUUAGAAAAUACCAUUACAGAAAUGGAAGCACAGAAAACCGCACUUAAGAAUGAAAUUGAUACACAUAUAGAUAAGUUAAAUUAUGAAAUAAUGAAAAGAUGGGAAGCGCUUCAUCAGUCUACAAAAAAAGAAGGAAAUGAAGUGACACGGCUCAUUGGGAGUCUGGAAUCCAGAAAGACAGAAGUUUAUGAAGCCAUCCAAUCAAAGGAUGCGGGAAAAGUCUUUGAGGAUGAAUUGGGGCUAGUUAAAUCAAUGAAAGCAACUCUUGCACCAUCUCGCAGAAAGUUUGAUUCUAUUCCAACAUUUCUUCCUGGACAGAUAUCUCCUUAUAACAUUGGUACAUUAGCAAAUGUUUUUACCAAUAGUGACAUCAAGAUUCGUAAACAAUUUGACACUAAAUUAUCUCAUGUUUAUUUUAUGGCAGCGUGUUCUGAAGAUACAUUGUGGAUUUCUGACUCUAAUGUACUACAUAAAGUUAAAAUAGAAAGGAAUACUAUGAAGAUAAUUGAUACAAAGGACAUUAAAAUCUAUGAUAUGGCAUGUACUCCAUCUAAAGAUCUCCUUAUAGUGUCGAAAGGAUCUGCACUUAAGGAAAUCAGUGGUGAAACAGGUGAAGUGACCAAUUCUAAGUAUGAAUUGAAAGAUUUACUGCUGUCAGCUGUUCAUGUAAGCUCAGAUGGAAAAGUCACUGUUGGUGGUUUUCAAGGGAAAUUAUGCUACCCACCUGUGGGAAGACGUGCUGUGAUCGUUAUGGAUAGAAAUGGGAAGUAUGAAACUACUUAUGAAUAUGACAAACAAGGGAAUCCUAUAUUUACAAACAUUUGUAAUAUAACCAGAACAAAGAAUGGUAACAUCUGUAUAGUAGACAGGUUAUCUAAAGAUGCCAGAGGCAGGGUGGUAAUAUUGAGUGAGGAUGGUGAUGUUCUGAAUACCUUCAAUGGCCAUCCAGAAGUAAACUACUCUUUCCAACCAAUGCAUUCAUUCACUGUCAUAUCUGAAAGUAUUAUAGUUUCAAAUUUGAGUCAUAGCAUUUUAUACUUUCUUAACAAUUCUGGAAAUUUUAUUGGAUUGUGUGACACAAAUAAAACAGGAAUAUUACAUCCAUACUCUUUUUCUAGUACAAAAGCUGGAUAUAUCUACAUUGGAUGUACAACACCAGAAGGCAGUAGUGAUAACGCCAAAAUAUAUGAAGUGAAUAUUUUGUGAGUUAGAAACAUUUCAGUUAAUUUGAUGAAAUAUAGAGUCUUUUGAUAGUAAUAUGUAAUGCUUCUGUCUUGUAAUAUGCCAAAAUUAACAUUUUUGCAAAAUAACAAGUUCACCAAAAAUAGAUCUAGUAAGCUCAAUGCUUAAAUGGUUCAACUUAUUUGUUGAUUACUUUUUCUUGAAGUCCUAGAUAGAGAAGCUUUUGCCAUAAUUUGGCCACUAUUAUUUCUUUCCAUUGUAUUGUCCAGGAUUGAUCAUGUUGAUGUCAAAUUUCUGAAAUUACAUUCCUAGUAAUGUUAUGAUGUUGUAAUUAUUAUGUUUAUUUAGCUUGGCCUAAUUUGUUUUGUGUGGCCUUAUAGUUGUUUACAAAAUAAUGUUAUAACUGUGCAGUUUAGAAAUCACUGGAACAUUCAUAGAUACUGAUGGAAUGAUUUGAACUUUCUAUUUGACUUGCAUAAUGAUUCCCGAAUGAUCAUAAUCUACGAUGUGUAAUUUUAACUUUUAUCGUAUUCCAGAACUAGUAGAAGUUUCCGUUCUAUAAUUUUCUAGGAGUUUCCAUUCUACAGUGUUCUAGAGGUUUCCGUAACAGCUAUAUAUACCGAAACCGAUAUUAGACUUAUCAGACAUUAAUAUACUUGAAUUCUUAGAAGUUCUCUGGAGUUGUGGGAUUGACAUUUUUAUUUACGUUAACUACAUCAUACUAGAUUGAAAACUUAUUGGACAUAUUCGAUAACAGUUAAGAGAAGAAUUCCGGAUAAAGAAAAGACAAAGGAUCGGACUUAAAUUUUUACAGUUGAGUUGACAUUUCAAUUUGUAUAAUAUUUCUUGUAAACUUGUGUAUAAUAAAUCUUGUUAAAUUUUA